GGUGAUGGUGGUGGCAUCCGUGGCUGGCAACCUCGCGGCGGCGGUGGUGGCCAACGUGGUGAACAACGCGGUGGUGCAGAGCGUAGACCUGGCAUGUAUCGUGGGCGCGGUGAUGGACUUGGCAGUUAUCCUGCCUCUGAAUCAUCUAGUUUUGGUAGUUUGCCGUCAACAGCAAGUUGUGGAUCUUCUCAUCAGUCCGAUGUGUCCAUUUCCAGUGUUUUCAUGAUUCUCCCAGUGGUUCUCUCAGUUCAAACGUUCACCAAAGUCAUGAUAACACUGAGGCAGCAACUAUUGAUAUGCAGAUUAUGACAAUAAUUAUGAUUGUUCUUUCUAUGAUAUUUUAUAUUGUUUCUUUAUGUUGUUAUAUCCAUAUCUAUAGCUGCAAUUGACCAAAUACGUGGCAUGUGAGGAAAACGUAUUUUAACUGACGUUAUACAACAUACUCGACCAGCGUCGUGCGUAAAUAAGCAAGGUGCAGUUGGUCGUCCAGUUAUGGUUCGAGGAUACGUUGUUGGUGAUACUAACAACGGAUCGUGCAGGAAAUACAGUACAAAUUAAAAUUAAACAUGUUGGCAUAGUAGAAUUAACAGAUAUGCAACAGAUGCAUGUACUCAACUUGAUUUUACGUUGAUCUAUGGAAGGCUGGAAACUACAACAAUUGAAUCGAAAUUUCUUUGAUCCAGUAGCUAAACAUGAAUUGGAUGUACUGAUGUGUGCUGAAAUUGCACAUAAGGUCUUGCGCACUGAUACAAUUUACAACAUUUUGACUCAAUUAGUGAAAGUGUCAUCAGAUUAUCAAAACGCAUUUAAGGCCGAAGUAAUUGGCAUGGUAGUAAUCACUGAUUAUAAUAACAAAACAUAUCGUGUGAGUGAUAUAGAUUUCGGUAUGUCGCCCAAAUCCACUUUCAAACGAAAGGAAAAAGAUGUCACAUUCGUAGAUUACUACAAACGACGUUAUAAUCUCACAAUUCGUGAUUUUAAUCAACCACUGUUGAUAUCGAAGCCUACCGAAAAAAAUACUAGAGGUGGUCAAGAUGAUUUAAUAAUAUUAGUUCCAGAACUGACAGGUGCUACUGGCCUAAAUUAUACUAUGCGUGGCGACUGGAUAUAA